AUGACGGAUGAUAUUUUGAGGGAAAAAGUUUGCAAAAGAGCAAGAAAAAAGCUUGAAGAGAAUUGCCACUUGGAUGUUGCUCCUGGAAAGAACUAUAUUAGUUUUAGGAAGAAUGAUGUUAAUUACUAUGCUCCAAACCUCAUUUAUACCGCUGAGACAUUAAACUAUAAGUAUAAUAAUGGAUAUUUUCCAUUAUUAGUUAAAGAUGCAUUAAAGACGAAAGAUCCAAGGCAAUUAUAUCAUAAUGAAGGAGCAAAUGCUGCCAAUAAACAUGUUUCAUUUUUUUCCAAUCAUCCUCUUCUCAAGAUUUCAAUUACUGGCAAAAUUACAUUUGAGAAGACUAUUGAAACUGCUCGAAAGAAUGAACAAGGCAAUACGGUCAAUGAAUGUUUGCAUAUACUUGAGAUCGAUGAUGGCUCCUCUAGUACCAGUAUAAAAGUUCGAGUCAACCAUAUUCAAUACGCCUUUAAUCAAAUGUCAUAUAAUAGCAAUCGUAACACCCUAUUUCGAAUCGAUGGUCAUAUAGCUUUUUAUUACCUUAAGCAGACUAUGGACCUAAAUCGGGAGGUUCGUGCGGAUAACGUAACGCCGGUAUGCAAUCGAUCUGACUUUCAAAGGGAAAUUAAUUGGUGGAAAACAGCAGUUGAUGCUCGCCACAAAUAUCUUCAGAAACCUUGGGUAAUUCGAUUUGGACCUUACGAAAAUGAACUAUCAAAUAGCGAGGGAAAAAAUCAAGAUUUAACUGUACGCGAAGAUAUUGUGAUGCUUCCUGCGGAGACAACUUCUCAUGAAUCUGAAAAAGGGAUACCUGAAUCGGUUAUUUCAGAUUCAAUAUUACGGCUCCAAAAUGCAUUCUUGAAAUUUAUGAUAAAAAGGCAUAAGCACAAAACUUUGAAGAUGGAUGAUAUAUGUGCAGACGCAACAAUGCGAGCAGAAAUUCAAGGAGUACUUGAUAAUUUAUCGUUGCAUCCCGACAAUAUUGAAUUAAGAGAGAUCUAUGGACUGGUUAUUAAGAAAUUUUCAGAUAUUAGGAUGGUGAAACAGAAAUCAACUACUGAAGUAAGUAUAUUGAAAUUUUCAAGGCUUUUCUGCUACAUUAAAAACAUGAUGAAAUUUCUUACGACAAGCCAGGAAGUUGAGGUUUACAAAUUAAUCAAGAAAUUUUCAUAUUCGAACAUGAACAGACACACGUAUAAAGAUAUUCAGAAAUAUUUAAAGCAGAUCAUUCACUUUUCUAUAGAUCUUAGGAAGUUGGCCAAAGAGUUAACAGAAAAGUUUAACAUCAAAUCAGUACCCCUGGAACUUAUAAACACAAUGAUUGAGGAAUCAAUUGGCGGGGAUUACAUCACAAAAGGAGGAAUUAGGGUUCGAGAAUUUCAAGGCGCUUCCAACUUUAAAAUAGUAUUAAAGUGGAUAUCUCUUCCAAGUGAGCCAAUUUGGAAAUAUGUGCCUAAGCUAUACUUGGAUUAG